AUGCGUUCCUCAAACUUGACUCCAUUUCUGGCCGGUUUGGUUGGAUUGUCAUGCAGUUGUAUAGCAAGCACAACAUAUGGAUAUGGACACGGGCACAAUUCUACAACCGCCAUUUCUACAGCUACGCCUACACUCGCAGCUUGUGGCAUUGUUAGCAGUCUUUCAUCUAUUGCUAGAGUUGCAACACCGUCAGCUACCCCCACAGUUGAUGCUAAAUUAGCUCAUGACUGUCUCAAUUCGGUACCGUUGAACUCAGCCGCAGCGCUUGAAUAUGUCAAAGGAAUAGAACCAUAUAUCGAAUGGCAGUCAGACCUCGUGGACCUCAAAGACCCACCAGCAGAUUACUUCUAUCCCCCAUUUGAUGUGUUGGGCAAACUCGCUUCUGUGAAAUCGAACCUCAAAAAGGGCGUGUAUGCGAAUGAGUACGAAUUUCAACAAGGUUUAUAUCAAGUCUUUGCCCCAGCGCAUGACGGACAUUUUGUAGUCUAUCCAGAUCUACUCACUUCUGCUUUUGAGUGGCGCCGUCAGAGAUCUUUAGUAUCUAUCAGUAGUGAUGGGGUUGAAGUUCCCAAGAUCUAUUUAUAUGAGGACAUUAUUGCUGCACCAUCAGAAGCCUCUGAGGUCACCAAGAUCAAUGGCGUUGACGCGGUAAAAUAUGUGGAAGAUUGGAUCUUCCAAGCAUCUUUCAAUCAAGACUCGGAUUCCGCAUACAACACCAUGUUCUAUGAGAAAGCAUUUGUCGCAGCAGGCGUUUCUAAGGGAUACUUCUCAUCUGGUGGUCGAAUCCGAUACAUCUAUCCAGGCUCAAACACCACUUUUGGCUUCGAGAAUGGUACACAUUUGAUUACCGAGAAUUUCGCCAACGUCAAAGGAGACUUCACCGGUGUAACUGAUGGAAAUUCCUUUUACCAAAAGUUUUGCGUUCCAACCACAACCGAAUCCGCCGAAGCUACUACAGUGCAAGCCCCUGCAGCCACAAUCGUUACCGCUACUGGAUAUCCUACCCCUGUUGUCAUCACUAAUGAUACGAUUGUCGGAGGAUAUUAUCUCAGUGAUCCUGGUUUCGAAGACGUUGCAGUCUUGAGUCUCCUGGCGUUUGAGUCCGAUUCAAUUGCAGAAUUCCAAGCUGUCACACAAGCCUUCCUCGCGGAUGCAGUCCGAGAUGGAAAGACCAAACUAAUCGUCGACUUGCAAGCAAAUGGAGGAGGUUAUAUUCUGCAAGGUUAUGAUGAAUUCCGACAACUCUUUCCUCAUAUUGUGCAAGACGGAUAUAGUAGAAUGAGAGAAAGUGACACGUUCUUGACGAUAUCCAAGAUAAUUUCGGAGGACAUUCCCGCAGAUUAUGAUCCGAACACAGCAUCGUCAGAUUUGAUCGGCGAGUACGAAAACUGGUUCAACUACCGUUACGAUUACAACCUGACUAAUCAGCCAUUCCUGACAUUCGAAGAUAAAUUUGCUCCACAUGUCUACAAGGGUAACAACUACACUAAUCUCAUACGCUGGAAUCUUGACGAUCCUCUCACUACUGUCAACUCCACAUACGGUAUGGGUAUCGAGAUCUCGGGAUAUGGACUUCUAAGUAACUUGACCCAACCUUUCGCCGCGGAAAACAUCGUCAUGUUAUAUGACGGCUAUUGUGCAUCAACGUGCACCAUUUUCAGCGAAUUCAUGCGUAUCCAAGCAGGAGUUAAAUCCAUUGCCUUCGGAGGCAGACCUUCGAGCGGCGCCAUUCAAGGUGUUGGAGGUAUCAAAGGAGCACAAGUCCUUUCUUUCAGUGACAUAUACCAUUACGCCCAAGUUGCAGCCGCGUCUCCAAACGCAACGCCAGAAGACCUCGCCAUUCUCAACCGUCUCACACCCAUUCCCACCGACAGAAGUACCGCCACAUCAGUCAAUCUGAGAGAUGCUAUUCUCCCCGGCAAUGUAGAGGAUGGACUCCCAGCACAAUAUGUAGUUGAAGAAGCGGACUGUAGAUUAUAUUGGACAGCGGAAAUGAUCACCGAUGUCGAAAAGGUUUGGGAGGCGGCUGCGACGGCGGCUUGGGGUGGUGGUGCUUGUAUUGGGGGUGCUGGUUUGUCGUACGGAAAGAAAGAUGUGCAGAGUAAACACUCGAGGACUAAGGAGAUAAAACCAGUGGUUAAUAGAAAGAAGGAGAGGAAUACGUUGGCUAUGAAGAGGGAAGAGAAUGUGGAGAAGGAUCCGUUGUGGAGUGCGAGACAUGGUAGGAAGGUUAUUUCGUGA